CAGUUUUCAAGUCUAACCUUUCUUUUACGCGCCGAACGUCUUGCUCCCAAAAACGUGUCUCGUGUUGCUUCUAAAUUUUAUAUUUGAAUCUAGGAAUUAUGGCGGAUAUCGAAAUCAAGAAGGAAAAGAAAAAGAAAAAAAUCAAGGAAGAACCUAUUGAUUUGGAUGAUAUUGGUGUUUUGCAGAAAACUGGUGACUUUUCGGUGAAACCAUCGGAAAAAACGGCCAAGUUAGAUGCUUCACAAUGGCCAUUGCUAUUGAAAAGUUUUGACAAGUUGAACGUACGAACAAACCACUAUACACCAUUACCACAUGGUUCCUCUCCACUGAAUAGAGAUAUUAAGGAGUAUAUGAAGUCCGGCUUCAUUAAUUUAGAUAAACCAUCUAACCCCAGUUCACAUGAAGUAGUCGCAUGGAUAAAAAAAAUUUUGAAGGUUGAGAAAACUGGGCACUCUGGCACUCUCGAUCCGAAAGUCACUGGCUGUCUCAUUGUAUGUAUUGAUCGUGCCACGCGGCUAGUUAAAUCACAACAGAGUGCUGGCAAAGAGUAUGUAGCUAUCUUCAAAUUACAUUCGCCAGUCGAAUCGGUGGCUAAAGUUCGUCAAGGCUUGGAAAAGUUACGUGGUGCUCUUUUUCAACGACCACCCUUAAUUUCUGCAGUGAAAAGGCAGUUGCGGGUGCGUACUGUUUACGAUAGCAAACUACUAGACUAUGAUGAAGCGCGAAAUAUGGGUGUUUUUUGGGUUAGCUGUGAGGCUGGAUCUUACAUUCGAACCAUGUGCGUGCAUUUAGGCCUAGUCUUAGGCGUGGGAGGACAAAUGUUGGAAUUGAGACGUGUACGUUCGGGAAUACAGUCUGAACGCGAUGGUAUGGUCACCAUGCAUGAUGUAUUAGAUGCUAUGUACCUGUAUGAAAAUCACAAGGAUGAGACUAUGCUUCGGCGGGUAAUUAAACCUUUGGAAGGCUUACUUGUAAACCACAAGCGUAUCAUUAUGAAAGAUAGUUCGGUGAAUGCCGUGUGUUAUGGUGCCAAAAUUAUGUUACCUGGUGUUUUACGCUACGAAGAUGGUAUAGAGAUAGAUCAAGAAAUUGUCAUCGUAACUACUAAAGGUGAGGCGAUAUGUUUAGCAAUCGCACAGAUGACUACAGCAACAAUGGCAUCAUGUGAUCACGGUGUCGUGGCAAAGAUUAAACGAGUUAUAAUGGAGAGAGAUACUUACCCGCGUAAAUGGGGUUUGGGACCAAAGGCAUCGGCAAAGAAAGCGCUGAUAACGGCAGGGAAAUUGGACAAAUAUGGCCGCCCGAAUGAAAAUACUCCAAAAGAGUGGCUAACUGGUUUCGUUGAUUACAGUGCAAACAAACCAGCGCCAGCCGUAGCACCGCAAAGUGCACCAACAAAUGGUGCCAGUGCAGAAGAGGGUAAAAAGCGCAAACUUAGUGCAUCUAGCCAAGAUGAAAAUACCGCAGUAGUGACAAAUGCUGGUGUGGAAAAGAGUGAAAAGAAAAAGAAGAAGAAACACAAAUCAGAUAAAGAGGCUGCAGAAGAAAGCACGCAGGGUGUUGAUGCUGAAGAGACACAGGCGUCAGAAAAGAAAGAAAAGAAAAAGAAGAAGAAAAAGGAUAAAGAUAGGGAAAAGGAUGACCAGGAGUAAAAAUGGAUUUUAGCUUACACCUCAAUGAUUCAUUUUUCGUAUUCAUUAAGUAACUGCAUAAUAUGUUCAGUAAAGUUUGGUUUUUUUUUUUUCAAAACAGUUAUUUAAAUGCGAAGUCGGGUGAAAGAAUCUGUAUACUUAAAUAUAGCGCUUUCUAUAUUUUUGUACUAUUUGAUACCACAAGUUUAUUCGUUUUUAGUUCCAAUACAUUACAAUUAUUGUAGAUAUAAGGUUAAAUAAGUCUUUUAAAUGUAAACUUCACUGCAAUUUUUCAUGCUGUGCAAAUGUGUUAAAGGCUGCUUACUAAAAAUACAUUAGUAUAUAGAAAA